CACAACGAUGGUGAAGGCCACUGCAAUUGAUAUGUCCCUUUCGGACAUCAUUUCAACAAAUAGAAAGAAUAAGAAAGUCGUCAAGAAACCAAUCAAGAAAUCAGCAGGAGGAAUCAGAAAGAGAGGAAAUGCAUCAAAUGUCGGAACUCCACGACGUCAAAGUGGGGGAACUUCUCGCGGUGGAGGAAGAAUGGGAAACACUGUUCGCAGAUCAGCAGGUGGAUCUUCAAAUGACAACAAACAAGUCAGAAUCAACAUUUCGAAUCUGGCCGAAACUGUAAUCUCGAGUGAUUUGCAAGAGUUAUUCGGUGCUUUUAAUUUGCACAAAGUGUCAGUAAAUUUCAACGAAAAUGGAGGAGCCGCUGGAACCGGAGAUAUCACUCUUAAGAAGUACGAUGCAGAUCGCCUUAUUCAGAAGUUUGCUGGAGUUGCCCUUGAUGGAAAGGUCAUGCACUUCGCUGUCAUCGAAUCCAGCAAUUUCGCCAGAAAACCUGAAAUCAGAGGAACACCCAACCGCAGACAGUCAUCUGGAAAGCCGAUCAACAGAAAAGUGGCCAAUCCGCCAAGAAGACAAAAUGCUGCCAAACCACCAGUGAAGAAGGGCAAGAAACCAGCUCGUGAGCAAAAACCACCAAAAACCGCGGAGCAACUUGACGCAGAGCUCGAUGCAUACAUGUCUCGAAGCGCCUGAACCAAUUUUAUCAUCUCAUCACUGUUUCUCAUUGCCAUUCUUCAAAUGCAAAUCCAUUCUUGUUUGGCUCCUUUUAUUUAAUAAAUUAUUGUAGU